AUUCGUAUGCUCACAGCAUAUGACUGUUGACAAUUCCAGCUGUACCUCGCUACAUCCCACCGAAUUACCGGGGACCUGUGGCGUUAUUGUCACCUGCAUCGACACCAACAUCAGAAGCUACCUGCACUGCCUAACAUAUCGCUGAUCCGCCCUCAGAGGUACAGAGGUACGUUGCCAUCCAUCCGCCUUUUGACACAUUUUACUCCAAGAAACGCGCAUACAGCACUCCGUAGUACGAGUAACUUAGUGUUUUGGGCACCACCACGCCACUUUUUUUGAUCCUCAAAGACAUGCCCUCACCGCCUAGACUCUCUACCUCGUCUUCCUCUCCUGCAUCCUCACGAUCCACGACUAACGCCAACUCUCGUCUCUCCCAGGUCAGACAGCACACCAUGGGUUCAGUAGGAGGUUUAGAUCCCGAGACCCGGUUCAACGACAAUGUCGUCCCUCAAGCUCCAGAAGACCCGUUGUUCGGAUUGAUGGCUGCGUACCGCAAAGACACAAACGAGAAGAAAGUCGACUUGGGCAUUGGGGCGUACCGAGACAACAAUGCGAAACCGUGGGUGUUGCCGGUCGUCAAGAAGGCCGAUGAAAUCCUACGGAACGACCCAAACUUGAACCACGAAUACCUUCCCAUAGCAGGUCUUGCAGACUUCACUUCAGCCGCGCAGAAACUCAUCCUCGGCUCGGACAGCCCUGCUAUUAAAGAAGGACGGGUCUGCUCCCUCCAAACCAUUUCCGGCACCGGUGCCGUGCACCUCGGCGGCCUGUUCCUCUCGAAAUUCCUGCAUUCGCCAACCAUCUACCUGUCCAAUCCGACAUGGGCCAACCACAACCAGAUCUUCACAAACGUCCACCUUCCGAUCAAACAGUACCCCUACUUCUCCGCCAAGACCAAGAUGCUCGACCUCGACGGCAUGCUCGACACUCUCAAGGCCGCGGAGCCCGGUAGCAUCGUGCUCCUGCAUGCCUGCGCACACAACCCGACUGGGGUGGACCCGACUCAGGAGCAGUGGACACAGAUUGCCAAGGUCUGUCAAGAGAAGAAGUUGUUCCCGUUCUUCGACUGCGCAUACCAGGGCUUCGCCUCGGGCGACCUGGCCAAGGACAACUGGGCGAUUCGGCACUUUGUCGAGCAAGGAUUCGAACUCGUCAUCGCGCAAUCCUUUGCCAAGAACUUUGGCCUGUACGGCGAGCGCGCGGGUGCGUUCCAUUCGGUCGCGGCGCCCGGGCCCAAGGCUCAAGACAUCACCAAGCGUGUCGCGAGUCAACUGGCCAUCUUGCAGCGGAGCGAGAUCAGUAACCCCCCGGCGUACGGCGCACGGAUCGCGAGUAUAGUUCUCAACGACCCGGAGCUGUUCAAGCAGUGGGAAGGUGAUCUGCGCACCAUGUCUGGACGGAUCAUCGAGAUGCGGAAGAGCUUGAAGUCGGAGCUGGAUCGCUUGCAGACACCGGGGAACUGGGACCAUAUCACGAGUCAGAUCGGCAUGUUCAGUUUCACGGGCAUCAGUGAGAAGCAGGUUCUCGCCAUCAGGGAGAAGUGGCAUGUGUAUAUGACCAAGAAUGGCCGGAUCAGUAUGGCGGGGCUGAAUACGGGCAAUGUGAAGUACUUUGCCGAGGCGUUGGAUGAUGUGGUGAGGAACGUCAAAUAGGGACCGGCCGGUUCGCAUGAUGGCCGAAUUGACUGAUGGGGGAUUGCAAGGGAAGCACGACAAAGGGCGGUGCGGAGUGAAGUGAAAUGAGGGUGGCAAGCAUAUCGGAAGCUUGGUGCUUUUGGAAUCUGACCCAGUGAGCGCGUGGUUUUCUGUCUCGGCGGGAGAAUGAAGGCAAAAGGAGGCAUGGUGCAGAUGUUCAGCGGCCUGCCUGUUGCAUGAGUUGAUCAAAAGAAGAGAAGGGGCUGCAUAUCUGCAUCAUGGCUGUGGCUCUGGCUGUGGCUCUAGCUCUGGGCUUCGGGAGAUCUUGCUGUGCACUCAAUGGGCUUGUGCUUGUGCUUGUACUUGGACUUGGACUUAGCAGCAGCUGAAUUUCGAGGUCCGGCAUGGGUGCAUGAAUUGCCAAUGAUGCCGAUGAACAUGGAAUGGAAUGGACAGCAUUCUACGGAUAUUCAGGGAAUUUGCCUAGCAAGCUAGGUACCAUCAUGGGGGACGGGAUCUGCGUGAGAGUUUCUACGAAGGCCAUAGACAAAACAGAAUUUCAAGGCAGGGGCCGUGAGAAAAUCAUCGAGAUGAGCAUGAGUGUGCCAAAGUCCUCGUUUCUUAAACAAUACAAAGUUAC